UGUUCUUUAUUAUUUUCGAAAUUUGAGCUCUUGUUGGGAAUUGAAGCAUUGUUUUCGUGACUAGUGGUUGAGUUUUGACCCGAGUUUACUGAAAUUUUUAUUAAGUGGUUUUUAUGGUAAUACAAUGACAAAGUGGACUUGAUUUCUUUCUUUUUUGUGGGGUUCUCUGUUGCAUUAGGUUUGGUUUAUUCCUUGUUGGUUUGUGUUUUUUAGGGUAAGGGGGUGUUUGAGGGGUUAUUCUAUCUAAGUGUAACAAAAUGUGGAAUGGGAGGAUUGGAUUUGAAAUAACUGGAGUAAAAUAGCAGUCACUGUAGUAAUUUUAUCAACCGAGGAUUGCUGGAUGGAAAUGGAAACCCCAAGAAGGUUGGUUUUGUGGGGGAAGAUGUGUUUUGAGUGAGGGGGUUGUACUUUUCCUCAAGGUUUUGAAUUGUGGUUGCGGUCACGUUUUUGAUUGCUGCUUCUCCAAGAAUGUGUUGGAGGAAGAGGAGUACAAGGCUUAUAUUGGGGGCAUUGUGGCUCAACUACAGGAUCACUAUCCGGAUGCUUCUUUCAUGGUGCUCAAUUUCAGACAAGGAGAUAAGCGCAGUCGAAUUUCAGACAUUAUGUCUCAGUAUGAGAUGACAGUUAUGGAGUACCCUCAGAAAUACGAGAGUUGUCCACUUCUUCCUUUAGAGAUGAUUCACCAUUUCCUUCGGUCAAGCGAGAGCUGGCUGUCUCUGGAGGGGCAACAAAAUGUGCUUUUGAUGCACUGUGAAAGGGGUGGUUGGCCUGUGCUCGCAUUUAUGCUAGCUGGUCUUCUAUUGUACAGGAAACAGUACAGUGGGGAGCACAAGACUCUUGAAAUGGUGUACAAGCAAGCACCUAGAGAACUUCUCCACCUUUUAUCUCCUUUAAAUUCGCAACCUUCUCAUUUGAGAUAUCUUCAGUACAUUUCCAGGAGGCAUUUGGGUUCUAUGUGGCCUCCUCCAGAUACACCCUUAUAUUUGGAUUGCCUCAUUCUUAGAGUCCUUCCAUUGUUUGAUGGUGGAAAAGGUUGCAGGCCAGUUGUGCGUGUCUAUGGUCCAGACCCUUCAAAACCUGCCAACAGAGGUUCUAAGCUUCUUUUCUCGACCUCAAGGACCCAAAAUCUUGUUCGCCACUACCAGCAGGAAGAAUGUAUGCUUGUGAAAAUUGACAUCCAUUGUCGUGUUCAAGGAGAUGUGGUUCUUGAGUGCAUACAUUUAAGUGAAGAUCUUGUUCGUGAGGAGAUGAUGUUUAGAGUCAUGUUUCAUACUGCAUUUGUACGGUCAAAUAUAUUGAUGCUGAGCCGUGAUGAAAUUGAUAUUCUGUGGGAUGCAAAGGAUCAGUUCCCUAAGGACUUCAGAUUUGAGGUGCUUUUUUUGGAUGCUGAUGCUGUUAUACCUAAUCUAACCACAUUCAAUGCGAGUGAAUAUGCAAAUGACACUGAAUGUGCUUCACCUGAGGCUGAGGAAUUCUAUGAAGCGGAAGAGAUCUUCAGCAAUAUAAUUGAUGCUCAAGAAGGUAAGGGGGAUUACGAUUCUCCAAUGGUUCUUGAUGAUGGAAGUCAUAAAGAGCUCUGGAAAGAGUAUUCAGAUCCUCAUACUUUUCAGGAUUUCAUGUUAGAUGAUGGGAUUCACCAACAGGUUGAUGAUGUGAAGUACAAGCUUGACGAGAGGGUGGUUUCAGAUACUCAUGCUUUGAAAGAUAUUGGCGUGGAUUAUGGAGUCACUUUUAUGACAAAGGAAGUCAGUGUGGAUGCGCAUGAUGAGUUGUCAGGUAUGCAGAACAAGUGUGAUGAAGAUAACAAUGAAAAGAAACAACUUCCUUCAAGCUCAAAGCCAGUGGGAGAUACAGUUGUACCAAAGCAAAAAACUAAAGAACAAGAACCACAUGGUUUUCAGGCAAAACAAGCAAAACCCAAUGCAACAACUAGGUGGAUUCCUUCUAAUAAGGGUUCUUAUCAAGAUUCAAUGCACGUCUCAUAUCCACCAUCAAGAAAUAAUAAUUCACCAGCUAACCUUUCAAAUGUUACCUCAGCAAAGGAGAAGAUUACUGAUGCCAAAGGAAAAUCUAUUUCUGGUUCUUAUGUCUCUGAAGUAAUUGUUUCUAUGGACAUGAGAAAUGACCUGAAAAGCUGUAUAGGGGAUAAUUCAAAAUCUUCAGACAGCAUAGCUGAAAUAGACUCAAACUCUCCACUACCAUCAUUACUGUCAGUCAAAGAGACAUCUCUUCAAUCAGCUACUCAAACACCACAACAGAGCUACAAUCAAAUGUUACAACUUCAUCCUCCACCUCCUCCUCCACCUCCAUUUUUUGGGCAGAAUAGAGGGAGCUUCAUAACUCCUACCCAAUGGACAUCUGUUUAUUCAUCCAUUGCCAUUGUUGGACAAAAUAAUGGUGCUUUAGCUCCUCCUCCCUCAGCUCCUUCCAUUGCAAGUGGUGCAAUUACAUCAAAAGUUUCUGAAUUAAUUGAUGCAGUUUCCGUUCCCCAUCCUCCACCAUCACUACCACCACCACCACCUCCUCCUCCUCCUAUGUUGUCUACAAUUGGAGCUCCACUGCCUCCUUCCUCAUUACCUCCAACAUCAUUUAAAGCUCCACCGCCACAUCCACCUUCACCUCCUUUAAGUAAAUCUACACCACUGCCUUCUCCUCCUUUAAGUACUGCUCCACCACCACCACCUCUUCCUGCAUCAAGUGGAGCCCCACCUCCACCGCCACCUCCUUCAUUGUCUAGAGCCCCACCUCCCCCGCCUCCACCAACUCAUAGACCACCACCUUCAAUGCAUGGAGGCACACCUCCUCCACCACCUCCAAGUGGUCGAGGCCCACCUCCUACUGGAUAUCGGGCCCCUGCCGCUCCUGCUCCUUUUGGACCUCUAGGUGGGGCUCCUUCUCCGUCGCCACUUGGAACUGAUCCAAGAGGGAGAGGGCGUGGACUUACACGUCCUACGGGAGCUGGUGCUAUGGCAGCUCGGCGGUCCUCCUUAAAGCCUCUGCAUUGGAGUAAGGUAACAAGGGCAUUGCAAGGAAGUUUAUGGGAUGAAUUACAAAGACGUGGAGACCCUCAAAUAACACAAGAGUUUGACGUUUCAGAGAUAGAAAAGCUUUUUUCUGCAAAUGUUCCAAAACCUGCUGAUUCAGAUGGUAAAUCUGGUGGGCGACGUAAAUCUGUUGGAUCCAAAACUGACAAAAUCCACUUGAUUGACCUAAGGAGGGCCAAUAAUACUGAAAUUAUGCUCACAAAGGUUAAGAUGCCACUUCCUGAUAUUAUGGCUGCAGUACUGGCUAUGGAUGAUUCAGUGUUAGAUGUUGAUCAGGUGGAAAAUCUCAUUAAAUUUUGUCCUACCAAAGAGGAAAUAGAGCUUUUAAAGGGAUACACCGGUGAUAAGGAGAAUUUGGGGAAGUGUGAAAAGUAUUUUUUGGAGGUGAUGAAAGUGCCAAGAGUGGAGUCAAAAUUCAGAGUUUUCUCUUUCAAGAUUCAGUUUAGGACUCAGAUUACAGAGUUUAAGAAGAGCUUAAACACAGUGAACUCUGCCUGUGAAGAGGUCCGAAACUCAUUCAAACUGAAGGAGAUUAUGAAGAAAAUUCUUUAUUUGGGUAAUACAUUGAAUCAAGGAACAGCAAGGGGAUCUGCUGUUGGAUUCAAGUUAGAUAGUCUUCUAAAACUAACUGAAACUCGUGCUUCAAACAGUAAAAUGACACUCAUGCAUUUUCUUUGCAAGGUCUUAGCUGAAAGGUUUCCCGGACUCCUUGAUUUUCACCAUGACCUUGUUAGCCUGGAAGCAGCCACUAAGAUACAAUUGAAAUCAUUAGCAGAAGAAAUGCAGGCAAUCAUCAGGGGAUUAGAAAAGGUUAAACAGGAGCUUGCUGCAUCUAAAAAUGAUGGCCCUGUGUCUGACAUUUUUCGUAAGACAUUGAAGGAAUUCAUUGCUGUUGCAGAGUCGGAGGUGGUAUCUGUAACAAACUUAUAUUCUGUGGUGGGUAGAAAUGCAGAUGCACUUGCCCUAUAUUUUGGUGAGGAUCCUGCCCGUUGUCCUUUUGAGCAAGUUACUGUAACCCUCUUAAAUUUUACAAGGUUGUUUCUGAAAGCACAUGAAGAGAAUUCCAAACAAGCAGAGUUAGAGAAAAAGAAAGCGGAGAAAGAGGCUGAAAUGGAGAAGGCUAAAGGCAUUAACUUGAUAAGGAAGAGUGGAAAAUAUGAAGGAGAAGAAAGCGGAGAAAGAGGUUGAAGAAAAAGGCUAGGGCAUUCACUUGAUGAGGAAGAGCAAAGAUAGUUGAAAACUGGGUUGUCUGCUCCUUUGCACCAACAUCAUUCUCUUUCCAAUGAGAGGAGAUCUACCUGUGAUAAGGGGAUUGCUUCCAACAUCGAGUUAAGUAGUCCCUUUAUGAGAUCUUGGUGUGACAAUUAGCCUUUCAAGUUGAUCUAAUGAAGUGAAAUGGCAAAUUCUUUCCACCUGGAGAUCUUUGAACAUACAAAAAGGCCUAUGAGUUGAUUCGUUGAUGGCAUGAUGAAUCAUAUUUUUGUUGAUCAUUCACAGAAGAAUACUCUGGAAAGGCCAAAUUUAGACACAGCAUGGAUACUUCUCAUGAUGAUCACUUGAGAAUCAUCUGCAUCCAGUGAAUGCUAUGAUAAUGGAUCUGGUUCUUCAAUUUAAUAAGAAAUGUUGAAAUAGACCAUGCUUCUAUUGCAGUAGAGCUGACUUUGGUUUUCUUCAUUCAAUUGGCAUAUUUGUCCUGCACCAAAGCCAAUGCUGUACCAUGAAACCUUGUACAAAAUUCGAACCCUCUUUUAGGAUUUAAUUCUGUCUCAUGUAAAAUAGAAAUUAGUUUGUCUUUUUUCCUUAUAAUAGUAAUUUUAGUGGGACACCCCCAAGAGCAUGUUGUAUAGCUGUCAGGUUAUGAAAAGAAAUAGAAAUCAAAUCAGGUCUCUGUACUGUAACACAAGUGAGGAGAAGGCUUAAAUAGAAAUGCUAGUUUCAGUUAUCUUGUGAAAUGCAAUACACAUUAGUGAAAAGCUUCUUGAGUUCUUGUUGCA